UUUUGUUUUUUUUGGUUCAAUGUUUUCUAUUAGCACUGAAUUCAAUAAUGAUCCAAUAAAUUCAGCCCAGUCACAGUUCUUAACCCGCGAAAGAAAAAAAGAUUCAGGAAUCUAUUUCAUUUGUUAAAGUUUGUGAUUAUAUAUUUUUUUGAUGAACUCUUUGAUUUAUUGUUUCAAUAGAAGAAAGGUUUUCAAAGGAAUUUGAAGAGAAUGCCUCUGGACGAAGAUUAUAAAUAUGCCUUGGAGUUGCAUAAACGUUUAAACGGCGGUAGCGAUGGUAGCGGAGAAGAUUAUGCUGAUAGCGAUAUUCAAUACAUGGGUUCUAACAAAUCCAUUCAGAAUUCAUUGCAAACAAAACGUAAUAAUUUGCGUUCAAAUUCAGAUGACGAUUAUCUAAACAGCACCCAAAAUUUGGUUCAUCCUCAAUGGGAAAUCUUGGAUCCAACGCCUGACAUUUUCGCUCUUUUCGGUCAAUUUGAUAACAAAUUUUUUCAAUGUCGCUUAAAAUGUGUGACUUUAGAAUGGAGUAAACGAAUGUUCAGCUGUGCCGGUAUAUGCUAUUCGCGUAAAAACGCUCUUGGCAUGGAUGUAACGAUACGUUUAAGUGAACCUUUGCUAAAAUUGAGACCACGCAAGGAUUUGAUUGAGACUAUGCUACAUGAAAUGAUUCACGCGUAUUGCUUCGUUUUGCACAUUCGUGAAGGCAAUGGCGGUCACGGCCCUCAAUUUCAGAAAAUAAUGAAUGCCAUUAACCAAACUGCUGGCACGAACAUCACGGUUUAUCAUUCAUUUCAUGAUGAAGUUAAAUUAUAUAAACAACAUUGGUGGCGGUGCAAUGGUGUAUGCCAAAAUCGUUCACCCUUUUUUGGCUAUGUGAAACGCACUUGCAAUCGCGCCCCGGGGCCAAAUGAUUUUUGGUGGGCCAAACAUCAACAGGAUUGUGGUGGAACUUUUAUCAAAAUCAAGGAGCCUGACAAGAAAAGUAAAUCGAAAGCAAACAAAAAAUUGGAAACGAAAAACGAUAAAAAGUCAUAUGGAAAUGAAGAUUUGCGCAAAUUUUUUUCACCAACUGCAAAUGGCUUCCAAGGUCGUGAAGCGAACACAAAAGGUCUUAAUAAUCUAAACAACGGCUUUAAAGGUGGCAGCACUAAAACGAACGGAGGCGGCACUAUAUUAUUAAAUCCUCGUACCAAAACCGCUUCAAACUCCAGCACUUCGGCAGCUAAAAUUUUCCCACCAACAUCAUAUCCUGGUUUGUCGUCCGACCCUAAUCCAACAAAUCAUUCCAGCCCAUCAAGUUUGCCACGGGGCAACUUACGCAAUGUUGUCAGUCUCAAGGAUGUUGGCACUAAUAUAAGGUCAUCAUCUUUCAAAUCGUCCGACUGGGGGAGAGGCAACUCGUUGUCUACAAGUAGUCCAAAAGACAGUGUUCCUAGUGGUCAGGUGGAUCGUCAGCUUUUACGCAAUGUAUGGGCGAAACGUUUUAACAGCUGUGAUGCUGACUGUGAUAAAAGUAACAGUUCGAAGAGACAUAAACGCAGUGAGGACGAAGUCCCGGAUGAUAUUAAACGUAAACGUAUCUCAAACAGUAACAAGUCGCCAGCCUCAUCUGAUCCUAGUUCUCUUGAUAAGAAAUUUUCUAUCGGUGUCCACCGUCGGAAAGACUGCACUGUAAUAGAUGAAAUUAUUGACUUAUCAUCUAGUGAAGAUAGCGACAACGAUAACGAUUUUCAGUAUAAAUUAAUUAAACCGACUAUAAACAAAAAUAUGACAACAGAGGAAAGACAGACCAUGAUUAAGCAAGAAAUAAUUGAUGAUUCCACUUCUCUAUCUGACACUGAUAUUGAAAUUAUUGGCGAUGAAUUUGACGAUAAUUUCGAGGACAGUGACGAAAUGAUAGCUGCGGGUGAACUGGCCGACAUUAGUGUUAUAGAUGAAUUCUUUGGUGAAGAUACUCUUUUAAAAGGAUUUCAAACAGAAAAUGGUUCGUUCGCCUCAGGAUCAAGAUCAAGUUUUAAUAACGAUGUCAUAACAUGUCCUGUUUGCCAAACCAAAAUGCCUAGGUCGCAGUUGGCCGAACAUCUCGACUGUUGCACUGGUAUAAGCGAAAAAAUUGAACAUAAUGAACUAACCAAUAGAAAGGUACCGGCUGUGUCAAAGAAAACUCGAAAAAUGCGCAAAUCAGCUAAAGAUAUAUUACUUGAUGCUGGUUACUCGGAAGCUGAUCUAUCCAAAAUUGUUAAUUUGGAUAAUUUUGAUGAAGAUGAGUAUGAAACUAAGAUAUUGUAGUUCAAAGAUCGGCACUGGCAAUGGAACUGUAUGAUCAACGAACCAUUUAUGAAAUAACACGUGUAUGUUCAAGAAGUGAAAGAACUUCAAAUAACCGAACAUCUCACGGAACGUUUACGCGAGCGAUAAAAUAAGUACAUGCCUGAGGUCGAUCAAAAUACGUUUUUUCAUUUUCCGAAUGUUUUUGAUUUAUUAUUUAAAGCUA